CACCAAGUGAGAAGAGUGAUGACCAUCCUUUUCCUUACUAUGGUUAUCUCAUACUUCAGUUGCAUGAAAGCUGCCCCAAUGAAAGAAGCUAGUCUAAGAGGACAAGGCAGCUUGGCUUACCCAGGUCUUCGGACCCACGGGACUCUUGAGAGCCUAAAUGGGCCCAGUGCUGGUUCAAGAGGACUGACAUCACUGGCAGAUACUUUUGAACAUGUCAUAGAGGAGCUCCUAGAUGAGGACCAGGACAUCCAGCCCAGCGAGGAAAACAAGGAUGCAGACUUGUACACAUCCCGGGUCAUGCUAAGCAGUCAAGUGCCUUUGGAACCCCCACUGCUCUUUCUGCUGGAGGAGUACAAAAACUACUUGGACGCCGCGAACAUGUCCAUGAGGGUGCGGCGCCACUCCGACCCCGCGCGCCGCGGGGAGCUGAGCGUCUGCGACAGCACCAGCGAGUGGGUGACGGCGGCCGAGAAAAAAACCGCGGUGGACAUGUCUGGAGCAACCGUCACAGUCCUGGAGAAAGUCCCAGUGCCCAAAGGCCAACUGAAGCAAUACUUCUACGAGACCAAAUGCAACCCCAAGGGGUACACAAAGGAGGGCUGCAGGGGCAUAGACAAGAGGCACUGGAACUCCCAGUGCCGAACUACGCAGUCCUACGUGAGAGCUCUCACCAUGGAUAACAAAAAGAGAGUUGGCUGGCGCUUUAUAAGGAUAGACACUUCUUGUGUAUGUACAUUGACCAUUAAAAGGGGAAGAUAGUGGAUUUGUGUUGUAUAGAUUAUAUUGAGACAAAAUUAUCUAUUUGUAUAUAUACAUAACAGGGUAAAUUAUUCGGUAAAAAAAAAAAAUAAUUUUAUGGACUGCAUGUAUGACUGAAGUUUAUACAGUACAGUGGUUACACGAUCUAUUUAUUGAACAUAUCCAUGACCUGAAGGGGAACAAAAGUCAUUUGCGCACAAGUUUAAACAAACAUACAGAAAACAUUUAAAAAAAAAAAAAAAGCAAACCAAGCAAACAAAAAGUCUGCAUUACAUUCCUCGAUAACAUUGUGGUUUGUCGCCGUUGCCAAGAAUUGAAAAUAGAAAAAGUUUGAAAAAAAAAAAAAGAAUAAAAUUGCAUGCUGCUUCAAUUGUGAAUUAAUGAUAAACUGUCCUCUUUCAGACAAAUAAAUUGAACCAAAACAUUCCGUUUACAUUUUAGACAGUAAGUAUCUUUAUUCCUGUUAGUAUAUAUGUUUACUGCUUCUAACUUCUGAUAGCGUUGGAAUUAAAACAAUGUCAAGGUGCUGUUGUCAUAGUUUUACUGUUUCUCUUUUACUUUUGAACUCCCAUCAGAUUGAAAAAGGAAAAAAAAAUGAUUACCUUAUUCUGGAUUAAAAACCAAUUUGUUUUUUUGUAUGUUGUGAAGGUGUUUGCAAUAGCAGUCCGACUACUGACAGAAAAAAUAAUAAAAAGAGGCAACU